UCCCUAUUUCUGAGCUAUCUGUUACAUCACUUCUGUGCGACGACAACUACAGUACUGUUUGUGGUGGAGCAGAAGUAUCUCUGGGAGGCAUGGGUAGAAUUAUUUGAGCACGAAAGUUACAAGCAUCUUGGACAACUUUGAGGAGAAUCGACGACCAGAAUAACAACUCCACGUGAGCUGGCCAUCUGCACUUCGAGUCUCCUGGGUAGGCCUAUCCUGCCUUUGCUGUACCUGUGGGUGGAACGAGAGUGCGAGGCCUACGGCAUUUCAGCACUUCUAGAACAUUCUCCAUCACAUCUCGUGGCGCGAUGGCUCGGCCUCUGUUUGGGGGAGCCUUGUCUGCCACCAUUCCACACAGUGCUCAGGACAUCAGUGAACUAAGGGAGAUCCCAGACAACCAGGAGGUGUUUGCUCACCGUACCACUGACCAGAGCAUCAUUGUUGAACUGCUAGAGUACCAGAGUCAGGUGGACAAUGAAGAAGCAGCAAGGUAUCACUUCGAGGACGUGGCGGGGAGCAACAAGGCGUGCGAGGCGGGCUCCUCUGAGGUGCGCUGUGUCCAGGGCCUCCCCAAGGCAGAGCUGACGCUGCACCAGUGCUCUUCCGCCUGGCUCCUCACGGGGGCACAGCUGGUCUCCAAAUUCAAUGAGGAAGCGAAGAACACAGUGAAUAUCCACCUGUGUCUGUUUCGGCUUCCUCAGUUCUCCACAGACAUCCUAGUAACCUUCAACGACCCAGUCGUCAUCAACCCUCUCAGCAGCAGCAAAGGGACCAGCCCAGAUGCAGAGAUGUCUUCACAGCCCUGGACUGAGCAGGACUUCAAGGCUGUGCUACAGUCACUACAGCUCCUCGACCCUGGGGUGUUUGGCUAGCUACAGUACACGGCCUGAGGACACACCCCACAUACAAUAGCAGCCAUUGAUUUUGUACUAUGUUUUCAUGACUGCACCAAUGCAAGGUCUUGCUUCGAGCACUUCGGAAGUUGUAUGGCUUGGACAGAAAGUGAAACCGGGGGAACAAAUUGUUGCAUACUUUACACACACACACACACACACACACACACACACACACACACACACACACACACACACACACACACACACACACACACACACGUAACAUUUGGACGCUAUCAGUGAACUGUCUGGAAAUUAGUGGAAAUUCAAAGAAAGGGACACAUUUGAGGCGAGAUAAGUGUUGUUCAAACACAUUUCUCCAGACUGCAUUCAAACUAUUUGUUUGGUAAACACAUGAAUUGAUAAGCCAUAUUAGGAGGGUAGUAUUGCGUAACACAGUUGUCCCUCAGUUCUACCUCGAGAAAAUCCAGUCACUCAGUGGGUUUUUCCGGCGUUUUACAAGUUUUGACCACAGCAAUCAGCUGUGGACCUUUUGACCGUCUCCAGUCAGUCAAGUCAUGUGAUGCGCAUAUGGAGUAGGCAGUUGUGCAAUGGGACCUGUCUGAAGUGAAGCACCAACUCCCAAUGUCACAACCUCUCAUUCUUGUCAGUUUUACAUUUAAAAUGUAUAAAAAGAUAUAUGAGUUGAA